UGUUGAGGACCAGCUUGGUGGUGGUAGCGGCCAUAUUGGUGGUGUCAGUGUUAUCACGGGAGACUAUGGCGAGCACCAACCAUGUCAUCUGUUACUACGCCUCCUGGGCACACUACCGCCAAGGUCAGGCCAAGUACACAGUGGAGGACAUCCCCGUGGACCUGUGCACUCACCUCGUCUACGCCUUUGCCAUCCUCGACCCCAAGACCUUCCUGGCUAAACAACACGACCCAUGGCUGGACAAUGACCUCAAGAACUAUGAGAAAUUCACCCAACUGAAGAAUAAGAAGCCCGACCUGAAGGUGCUGCUGGGUUUGGGUGGGUGGAAUGACUCCCGCAGCAACAAGUACACUCGGCUGGUGGCAGAUGCUGGACUACGGCGUAAAUUCGUGGAGGAGGUGGUCAAGCUGCUGCUCCAGUACAACUUUGAUGGUCUUGACCUGGACUGGGAGUACCCGGGGUAUGAGGGAAGCCCCAGUGAUAAACAAGGAUUUACUGCUUGGCUGGAGGACCUCAAGUCAGCUUUCAGGCCUCAUAAUUUGCUGCUGACAUCAGCAGUCAGUGCUGGUCGACGCACUAUUGACCGUGGCUACGACAUCCCAAAAGUUGCUAAGCUGCUGGACCUGAUCCACCUGAUGUCCUAUGACUUCCAUGGGUCGUGGGAGAACAAGGUAGCCCAUCACUCGCCCCUGUACGCUGAGGCUGGUCAGAACCCCGAGCUGUGUACUGACUUCGCCGUCAACUACUGGAUCAAGAAAGGUGCUCCAGCUCACAAGAUAGUUAUUGGUGUGCCUCUGUAUGGACGAUCAUGGACACUGGCAGGGGCUGAAAACUUCCCAGGGGCGGCUGCUAGAGGUCCUGGACAACAGGGCCGCUACAUCAAGGCCUCUGGCAACAUGGCUUUCUUUGAAUGCUGUCUGGCUCAUCAAAAGGAAGGCUGGACAAAAGUGACUGGUGAAGGAGGACCUUACAUAACUAAAGGCGAUCAGUGGGUGGGCUAUGAUGAUGUUGAUGCAGUUGUGAAAAAAGCAGAAUAUGUGGCCUCUCGAGGCUUAGGUGGUAUUAUGGUGUGGGACACAGCGACCGAUGACUUUGGGAACUACUGUGGUCUUGGUCACAACCCUCUCCUGACAGCCAUUGCCAAAACUCUUAAUGGCAGCACAACCAGCACUUCACUCACAUCUCUGGACAGGAGACCCUCAAGACCUCAGGCAGGAUCUUCACAAAAGCUGCCGCCAGGAAACGAGAAAACUAAAGGUGUUGGGAGCCACGGUAAACAAGAUACCAUCAACACUGCUGGCACAAACACUAUUGGUGGUGGUACUUCUGGAAGAAAGAACUCAAAUGUAGAAAGAGUGAAAAAUAACAGAAAUAAUGUUGAAACCACGACAAAACUCUUCUACCCUUGGCAAGCGUGGCCAUUCUUCAGCCAGGCCAAUGAGAAGAAACAAGACUUCAACUCAAUUUCUCCCACGGCAGUUUCUCGUUUCACUUCUCGGCCGUCCUCUUCAUCCUACCCCAACUUCAAGUUAAUAUUUACAACUACCACUCCUCCUCCAUUAACUCCAUCUCGCUUUAAUUUUCAAUCACCUCAUUCAUUUUCCCCUUCUCGCUUCACUUCUCGGCCGUCCUCUUCACCUUAUCCCGACUUUAAAUCAAUAUUUACAACUACCACAUCACCGUUAUCCCCAUCUCGGUUUGAUUUUCAGUCACUAUCAUCUUCGCCUUCUAAGUUCACUUCUUGGCCUUCCUCUUCAUCUUCCUCUUCUCGGCCGUCCUCUUCACCUUACCCCGACUUUAAAUCAAUAUUUACAACUACCACACCUCCUCCAUCAACCCCAUCUCGGUUUAAUUCUCAGUCAUCCUCUUCAUCUUACCCCAAUUUCAAGUUAAUCUUUACCACCACUACUCCUCCUCCUGCUGCUGCACAUUCAUCAUUUGCUGCCUCAUCCUCGUCAUCAUCAGGAGUCUCGUGGUUCGCAGACUGCAACGCUCUGGGCUUUGCUCCUGAUCCCCUCUCCUGUAACACUUUCUACAGGUGUACCAACAACUAUGCAUACAAGUUUGACUGUCCUGGUGGGCUGUUAUGGCACCAGGACCAGUCUUCUUGUGACUGGCCCGACGCUGUCCAGUGUAUCCUCCCACUCACACCGCCCGACAUCCAACACUUCCUCCCUUCACACAACGCACGGUUUUAAAACUUAAGUCAUUCCCUGUCCUCUGUAGCCAAUAUUAGGGAAUUUUGUUGAUAGUUCAUAUCCUAAUGAUAUUCACUGCUCUAUAUAUUAUACAAUACAAUGAUAUUUGUUUCUCAAACUAUAACUCUCAGCCAACUAGUAAGUCCUUACAUUAUUUUUAUUAAUUUAAUGGUAAGUGUUACUUGUGCACCUCUUCCUGUAGAAUGAUGCCCUACUCCUGCACCUCUCUUCCUAUUCCAAUGUUCUUUGUUUAAAAGAAUGGCUUCAGUCGUGGACUUUAUUUUUAUCCUCUUCACCACUGAUUGGCUCGUUAGCCUUUGAAUAUUUCCUUCUUGGUAUUAUUUUAUUGUCAUCUUUUCACUGAUAUUGUUCUUAGAAAAUGUAAAUAUUUUUCAGAUAUUCUGUUGAUUUUCUAUGUUAUUAGUUGUAGACACUCUCUAGAUGCUGUACAGUAAUAAAAGUACUACAGAUCAUUAGUGGUAUUGUUCAUAAUACUGUACUGACAACUGUACUGUACUGUAUAUGUUGAAGAAUACCACUGUCAUGGUUUGUAUGUCAGUGGGUCUAUAUGUCCGUACUCUUGCCUGAAGUCAUAAAUAUUUUAAGCACAAUGACAGCAAGUUCUCUGUUUCAAAUUAAGUUUUGAUGUUCUUCAAGGGAAGGUUUCAGUUAAGACCAUUUGAGCUGUUACUGAUCAUGAGCAAACUUUUGGAAAUGUUGUACUAUAGUGCAGUAUGUUAUGAAAUGAUGGUCUUGUUAAGUCUUAAGACAAAAAGUAGAAAGGUUUUAAUACCUUUUUUAACAGUACACUUGUGUUUUAAAUGUGGGUGAUUGUUGUACUGUACAGUAUUAUUAAUGUCUGGGUAAACAUAAAUACUGUACUUAAAAUACUUGUUAACUUAAUCAUGUAUUAUGACUGUGUGUUUGAUGUUCCUGGCUGCCUUAUUGCCAGAUGACACUAUACUGUAAUAGGUGUUAGUUAGAGCAUUUCGGUGGAUGUUCCUGGUGGUCUUAUGUCUCACAAGACAUGAAAAUAAUAGAACUGUACAAUUGCAAUUAUUUCUGGAUAAGGAAGUCUGAUAUUGCAGCCUGUUUAUUCUUUUUGACAGUCUUAAUUUUAUCAAAGAAAUAAUACACAUCCUCUGGAGGUUGAUGGUCUGUGUUUCCCCAUCUCUCUAGGGCAACAAAAUUACUCUAAGCUGCCACUGAUCGGCCUGUUAGCUGCUUCAGCUGCAAACUUAACCCAAAGAAAUUACAAAUUUAUCACUGUGAGCCUUUACAAGUGACCCCGAUUGGUUUCAAGUGUGGUCACAGAAUUUUAUGCUGAUAUUCAACACUGAAAAUGUAAGAGACUGCACAGGUACCCAGGUUGUACUUGGCAUACUGCAUGUCCCAUCAUAAUGAAGACAUUUCUCCAACUGAAAGUACUGUACACAUGAUAAAAAAGUAUCUGUGCACAUUAACACAAAACAAUCUGACACCAAAAGAUGAUAGAUAUUGCAAUAUACCAUAUAUCACUUGCUAGCAAGAUCUCCUGUUUUAUCCAUAGUAAGUACAGUAUUGUUAUUAUAUGGUCAUUCAGAAGAAAGAGAUUAAUCUUAUGAAACAAUGUAUACAAGGUCUGAUCGAAAAGUGUCCGACCUUCAGCAGGAGAAAAAAAAAACAAGCUUACUUACUGAGUU